GGGGCGAGCUGCGGAAGGGGAGGGGGCUGGAGGCGAUUGGCUGCGGCGGCGGCGGCGGCGGCUCCUCGGCUCCUCUCCUCUCCUCUCCUCUCCCAGCCCCGAGCGGCGGCGCGGAGCCGAGCGGAGCGGAGCGGGACCCGCCUGGGACCGGCGACGAGAGGGCGGCUGCGGCGGGUUUUAAAAUUGCGAAAUCAUGGCUCAUUCAAAGACAAGAGCCAACGAUGGAAAAAUCACAUAUCCUCCAGGAGUCAAAGAAAUCUCUGAUAAAAUAUCUAAAGAAGAGAUGGUGAGAAGACUAAAGAUGGUUGUGAAAACUUUCAUGGAUAUGGACCAGGACUCUGAAGAAGAAAAGGAGCUCUAUCUAAAUCUUGCUUUACACCUUGCUUCAGAUUUUUUCCUCAAGCAUCCUGAUAAAGAUGUGCGUUUGCUGGUAGCUUGUUGUCUUGCGGAUAUUUUCAGAAUUUAUGCCCCUGAAGCUCCAUACACUUCACCAGAUAAACUAAAGGAUAUAUUUAUGUUCAUAACAAGGCAACUUAAGGGUUUAGAAGAUACAAAAAGCCCCCAGUUCAAUCGAUAUUUUUAUUUACUCGAGAACAUUGCUUGGGUGAAGUCUUAUAACAUAUGCUUUGAAUUAGAAGACAGUAAUGAGAUUUUUACACAACUGUACAGAACACUGUUUUCAGUAAUAAACAAUGGUCAUAACCAAAAAGUACACAUGCACAUGGUUGAUCUCAUGAGCUCUAUCAUUUGUGAGGGAGAUACGGUGUCACAGGAACUUUUGGAUACAGUGUUGGUUAAUCUAGUGCCUGCACAUAAGAAUUUAAACAAGCAAGCCUAUGAUUUGGCAAAGGCUUUACUGAAGAGGACAGCACAAGCAAUUGAACCAUACAUUACUAAUUUCUUCAAUCAGGUUCUCAUGCUUGGGAAAACAUCAAUUAGUGACCUGUCAGAGCAUGUGUUUGACUUGAUUCUGGAGCUAUACAAUAUUGACAGUCACCUCUUGCUUUCUGUUCUACCCCAGCUUGAAUUCAAACUUAAGAGCAAUGACAAUGAAGAACGCCUGCAGGUCGUAAAACUUCUAGCAAAAAUGUUUGGGGCAAAGGAUUCCGAGUUGGCAUCUCAGAACAAACCGCUCUGGCAGUGCUACUUGGGGAGGUUUAAUGAUAUCCACGUACCCAUUCGUCUUGAAUGUGUGAAAUUUGCAAGUCACUGCCUUAUGAACCAUCCCGACCUAGCAAAAGACUUAACAGAAUAUCUUAAAGUAAGGUCACAUGAUCCUGAAGAGGCGAUAAGGCAUGAUGUUAUAGUAUCCAUAGUUACUGCUGCUAAAAAAGAUCUUCUGCUUGUCAAUGAUCACCUGCUUAAUUUUGUCAGAGAGCGAACACUGGACAAGCGGUGGAGAGUGAGGAAAGAAGCUAUGAUGGGACUUGCACAAAUAUACAAGAAAUACUCAUUACAGUCAGAAGCAGGAAAAGAAGCUGCAAAACAGAUAUCAUGGAUAAAAGAUAAACUUCUGCAUAUAUAUUAUCAGAACAGUAUUGAUGACCGGUUACUUGUUGAGCGCAUCUUUGCUCAGUACAUGGUCCCUCACAACUUGGAAACAAAUGAACGAAUGAAAUGUUUGUAUUACCUUUACGCAACACUGGAUUCAAAUGCUGUGAAAGCAUUGAAUGAAAUGUGGAAAUGUCAGAAUCUGUUACGACAUCAAGUAAAGGAUUUAGUUGACCUAAUAAAACAACCAAAAACAGAUGCCAGCAGUAAAGCUAUAUUCUCAAAAGUGAUGGUAAUAACAAGAAACCUUCCUGAUCCGGGGAAAGCUCAAGAUUUCAUGAAGAAAUUUACACAAGUUCUAGAAGAUGAUGAAAAGAUAAGAAGUCAGCUAGAAAUGCUUGUUAGCCCAACAUGCUCGUGCAAACAGGCUGAGGGAUGUGUGAGGGAAAUUACAAAGAAGUUGGGCAACCCAAAACAACCAACAAAUCCUUUCCUGGAAAUGAUAAAAUUUCUUCUUGAGAGAAUUGCUCCUGUACACAUUGAUACUGAAUCCAUCAGUGCCCUUAUCAAGCAAGUAAACAAAUCUAUAGAUGGAACAGCUGAUGAUGAAGAUGAGGGUGUACCUACUGACCAGGCAAUCAGAGCAGGUCUUGAAUUGCUUAAGGUACUUUCAUUUACCCACCCUAUCUCAUUUCAUUCAGCUGAAACUUUUGAAUCUCUCUUGGCUUGCUUGAAAAUGGAUGAUGAAAAAGUGGCAGAAGCUGCGUUACAAAUUUUCAAAAACACAGGAGGCAAAAUUGAAGAAGACUUUCCUCAUAUAAGAUCUGCUUUGCUUCCAGUGUUGCACCAUAAAGCUAAAAAAGGACCUCCUCGCCAAGCCAAGUAUGCUAUUCACUGCAUCCAUGCAAUAUUUUCCAGCAAAGAAACACAGUUUGCACAGAUAUUUGAGCCACUGCAUAAAAGUCUGGAUCCAAGCAAUUUUGAGCAUCUCAUUACACCGUUGGUUACUAUUGGCCACAUAGCCAUGCUAGCACCUGAUCAAUUUGCUGCUCCUUUGAAAUCCUUGGUUGCCACUUUUAUUGUUAAAGAUUUGCUAAUGAAUGAUAGGAUUCCAGGAAAAAAGACGACAAAACUUUGGGUCCCAGAUGAAGAAGUGUCUCCUGAAACGCUUGUCAAAAUUCAGGCCAUCAAGAUGAUGGUUCGAUGGUUGCUAGGAAUGAAGAACAACCACAGUAAAUCAGGAACUUCUACUCUAAGGUUGCUAACAACAAUAUUACACAGUGACGGAGAUUUGACAGAGCAGGGGAAAAUUAGCAAACCUGAUAUGUCUCGGUUGAGGUUGGCUGCAGGGAGUGCUAUUGUGAAGUUGGCACAAGAACCUUGUUACCAUGAAAUCAUCACCUUAGAACAGUACCAGCUGUGUGCACUAGCCAUAAAUGAUGAAUGUUACCAAGUGAGACAAAUAUUUGCUCAGAAACUUCACAAAGGGCUUUCUAGACUACGGCUGCCACUAGAAUAUAUGGCUAUUUGUGCACUGUGUGCAAAAGAUCCAGUGAAAGAGAGAAGAGCUCAUGCUAGGCAGUGCCUUGUGAAGAACAUAAAUGUCAGAAGGGAGUAUCUGAAGCAACAUGCAGCAGUUAGUGAGAAACUCUUGUCACUUCUGCCAGAGUAUGUUGUUCCUUAUACUAUACAUCUUCUAGCUCAUGACCCAGAUUAUGUCAAAGUUCAAGACAUUGAACAACUCAAGGACAUUAAAGAGUGUUUGUGGUUCAUACUGGAAAUAUUGAUGGCUAAAAAUGAAAACAACAGUCACGCAUUUAUCAGAAAAAUGGUAGAAAAUAUCAAACAGACAAAGGAUGCUCAAGGACCAGAUGAUGCAAAAAUGAAUGAAAAACUCUACACAGUCUGUGAUGUAGCAAUGAAUAUCAUUAUGUCAAAGAGUACAACAUACAGUUUGGAAUCCCCUAAAGACCCUGUACUUCCAGCACGAUAUUUUACUCAACCUGACAAGAAUUUCAGUAACACCAAAAAUUAUCUUCCUCCAGAAAUGAAGUCAUUUUUCACUCCUGGGAAGCCCAAAGCAGCCAAUGUUCUUGGAGCAGUUAACAAGCCUCUUUCGUCAGCAGGCAAGCAGUCUCAGUCCAAAUCUUCACGAAUGGAAACUGUAAGCAAUGCCAGCAGCAGUUCAAAUCCAAGCUCUCCAGGAAGGAUCAAAGGGAGGCUUGACAGUACUGAAAUGGACCACAGUGAAAAUGAAGAAUUCACACUGACUUCACCGUUACCAGGGAAGAAAACUGACAAAAGGGACGACUCUGAUCUUGUAAGGUCAGAGAUUGAGAAGCCUAGAGGAAGGAAGAAACCAGCUAUCACAGACUCAGAAGAGAAACUAAGCAUAGAUGACCUGAAUAAACUGGGACAAGAGCAGAAACUUAGAGGUAGUCAACGGGGAAGGAAGAGACCUGCAGUUGUUUCAGAAUCUGAUGAAACGCAAUGGCAAGAGGAAAAAAGGCUAAAAGAUGAUGUAAUAGAAAGUGAGGAUGAACAGAACAGUCCACCAAAGAAAGGGAGAAGAGGACGCCCUCCCAAAGCAAAUAAUGGGGCAACACCAAAGGAAGAACCACCAGCAAAGUCAUCAAAAAGGAGCAAAAAAAAACAAACGCCAGCAGCAGCAGUAGAAGAGGAGGAAGAGGAGGAAGAAAGGCAAACUGAAAACAUUGAACAAAAGCCCAAAGGCAGGCAAAACAGGACAACGAAAAGAACACAGCAGAGAGCAGAACCAUCUGAAACUAGUACAGUUGAAUCAGCACAGUCUACGCCACAGAAAGGACGAGGAAGGUCAUCAAAAACACCACCAUCACAGCAAAAAAAAGUCCGUGCAGGACGUUCCAAACAAGCAGCCAGUAAGGAGAAUGAAUCUAGUGAAGAGAUGGAUGUAUUUCAGAGUACUUCACCUGUCAGUGAUGACAUUCCCCAGGAAGAAGUAAUGGAAGAAGAGGAAGUCUCCACAAUCAAUGUGCGUCGCAGAACUUCGAAAAGGGAAAGGCGAUGAGUGAGCAUGUAGUUAUCAGCCUUCCAGGUGAAAGCUUUGAAGAAUGCUUUUAAUAUAAAGCUUGAGACUGAACGAAGCUGUUAGUGCACAAAUGGGGUUGCUGAAAAAAGACAAAGCCUAUUUUACUUUUACUGCCCCGGCAUUUACAGUCCCUAGGUCACAAGCUUUAGCCACACACAUGUUGAUAUCAUUAACUGUGGGUUUUUGUGAAGUGUAAUGUGCGCUGGCUUUGUAGACAUAUGAACUAAAGAAAACUGUAAAUAGUUCUUUUUUUAAUGUUUCUGACUUCUAAAGUGCUUGUAUAGCUUUUAUCUGCGGCUUUAAACUGACAGUGCCCCACUGUUUAUUGGAUCUAUUGAUUUAAAAAGGAGCAGAGUUUGUUAAAAAUUGAUCUCAAGCAAUAUCUGUCAGUGUUUGUAUUUGUACUCUUGUUGACAUUUAACUGUGAAAAAAAAUCAGUUGAACAAAUAGUGCCACUUUUGCCACUAUUUGUUAAGAAGAAGAAGAAGAAAUGCAAUAGUGUUUGUUUCCUUCAUGAAUCUAACCUAGUGUUUACCUUGAGGCACCUACCUGUCAUCAGAGGUGCUAAAUUACUUUCUUUUACAGUUGAACAAUGUUGGAUAGAAUAAUACAAGAGAUGCAAAUUGUGGAAGAAGUUGUUUGACUUGUUUUACGCCUCAGUAUUGAUUCCAGACUUUUCUGGACUUCUAGUGGCAUUGAAAAUUCAAAAAGGAUUUAAAAUAUUAUAAUUUUAAAAGUGUGUUAUUAAAUAAUGUACUGAAUACCCUCCCCAAUUUAUCUUCCCCUAUCAGUUUUUAUUAAUCUACUGUAUCAAUAAAAUUCUGUAACUGAGUUUUUAAUAGUCUAGUAUGUUAAUGUGUAUAGAUAUUUCCUUCUGAACAUGAUGUUCACAAAGAGCAAAUUAUUACUACAUUAUAAUACGAAAUCUGAUAUAUAAACAUUAGUGAAAAUACAGUUCUUAUUACAAUGUAAAGUUAAUCACAAAGAAAAAUUUUAUUGAUGCAGUGUGUCUUUAUAAAGCUGUUCUUGAGAGCCAAGUGUUUUGUAUUUUAUAGUGAAGUUGCAUGUUUAUGAAAAAUGUGCUGAAAAUGGGAUGUAAUGUUUUUUUUGGAAACUCGUAUCUAGCAGUAGUAUAUGGUAGGUUGCCUCAUGAGAGAACCUUCUAUUGAAAGUUUAUUGUACUUUUUCUUUUUUUUUGUGAGCCAAAUUUUUUUGGUAUGAAGAGCUAAGAUUUUGUUGAAUGAUUGCAGUCAAGUUGAUGAUUGCAGUCAAGGUAUUCAAGAUUUGAAUGAAGCUCCAUUUUUAUUUUAUGACCAUAGAGAAGGUUGUAUUUGUGUUUUUAGGUAUAAUCUGAAAAAGAAAAAAAAAAGAAACAAAAUACUUAGUCAAUAUCCUGUAUGCAGUUUUACAGUUUACAAACUGUCUUUGAAAACCAAAAUGUAUAGGUUACUACACUAUGCUAAGCCAAGCACAUACUGUAAUUUCAGGUGCUGUUCUCUCUCCGGUUCCCCACCGUUGAAAACAUAUGAAAAAAUCAAUUUCUAACUUACAAAAAAGUAAUCUCAUUGAAUAGUGGAGCAUUUUCAUACAAUCCAUCAAGAAAUAUGUUACAGUUGCAAGGUGGCUUGUGAAGAUUAGAGGAAAGGAUAAUACCGAAGCACGGAUUUACCCAUUUCUGAACUACGAUAUCACUAGUAAAGAAACCUUUAGACUUUUUUCAUUAUGUAUUUUUUUUGUUACUGAUGUAAAAAGUGUUUUAAACAACUAGAUUAUUCUGCCUCUGCUUAAUUCCCCCCCACACCCCAGUAUUCAGCUUUUCAAUAUUCAUACCUAUAGGUAUGGGGGAAAUGCUGCCUAAAAGGGCCAUUAUGGUUGGUUUGAAUUGACUUUGAAAUAGCUGGCACAACUGAGCUGGCUUACUUAGGCUUCAGCAGUGCAAAUGCAAGUUGUUUUUUUUAUUAUUUUGUUUGUUUUGUUUUGUUUUUCCUUUACGGUAUAAAAAAAUUGAAAGCUAGCUUUAUAUUUUCCUCUUUGACUGAAUUGCACUGAAAACAUUUAUGGAAGAUGUAUCUUUAAGUCCAUUUUAUACAAAAAUAUGAAAAAUUGAUGUUGAAACUGCUGCAGACUCUUGAGGCUUUAUGUGCAUAAACAUGGUUAGGUUAAACUUCAUCAAAUAUUGAUGCACAUUACUGAUCAUAAUGUUUAAUGUAAAUUUUAAACUAUAGUUUUGCAAUUUAAAUGUUGAUUUCUUGGGUUAUAAUGUGUAAUUCAUUAUUUCUUGAGAAAUAGGCACAGCAAAUAUUUCAUUCUUAUAUUCGAACCUCUUCUAAGUUCAUUCUCAUCUCAUAAAGAAAAUGAAUAUUUUAUGUACUAACAUUUUGAGAUCUGCGUACAGUAGCUACAGUAGAGUAUAAUUAUGUAUAAAAGAUAAAUUGCUAACAUUCAGUUAGCAUGCUCUUCUGCAAUGAUAAUGUUAAGUUUAUAAAAAUGUACUGUAUUACAUUAAAAGAUCAAAUUGAACUCACUGUAACAAGUUCCAGUAUGAAAUUUGUAUGAGAUUGCCGAAGUAUCUUGCUGUACUUUGCAGCAAAUUAAGCUUACCUUGUGUUAAAUUUCUUCUUGCUGCAGUGCAACAGGAAACUUUCAGUGAUCUGUAGUUCAUAUAUAAAAUGCAAACAGUGACUGUAAUCUUCAUACUAGAAUAAUUCACUAUAAUUCCAGAAGCAUGUUUUUUUUUGUUUUUUUUUUUUACUUUUCACCAACUGAGAUUAUUAAUAUUUAAGAGUAGCUAACCCACAAACAGGAAGGAAAUAAAUGAAAUUGCUUGACAGUUGUAGUGUAAGUACACCUUAUCCACCUAGGAUAAUCUGGAUUCCUAUAUCAAUUAUUUGACUCUGCCAAUUGACUUUAUUUUCUGGCAAAAUGAAUCCUUUUUCAAAUAUUCUGUUGUUUGCUCUUUUGACACUUCAAUCUAUGUGAACAAAACCAGAAUUUACAAAAAAAAGUAUUCAUAUUAAAGACACUUCCACUGAA